AUGUCGUCUAAAUGUCCUGGGAAGACCUCAUGGCCAGAGCUUGUGGGAACAAAUGGAGACUAUGCCGCUUCGGUGAUCGAAAGUCAGAACUUGAGAGUCAAAACAGUCGUGAUUUUGGAUGGGUCUCCGGUGACUGCAGACUUCAGGUGCGACCGGGUCUGGGUCAAGGUUGAUAAAGAAAUUGACGGUAUAACCCCUACCGUCGGUUAG